AUGGAUUAUCUCCUGUGUAUAAGGUUUGGUACAUUGAGAAACUAUUUCCCCGAUGAAUUAGGCAAAUCUACAGAUUAUGAUUUUCAUAAAAAUGGGAAAAUUAAAAAUUAUUGCCCUAAUGAAGGUCCAGGAAGCCAAAAAGAAUGUAAAACUGAUUUAGAUAAAAUCAAGGCUGGAUGUUUAUGGUUGUUUGAGCAAUUUUUUGUGAAAAAUCAAAAAAGUGAUAUAAAUAUUGUUGAAUACAUUAUGAUGUGGUUAAGUAAUAUGUUAAGCAUAACGAAUGCUGAUGAGUUUAAGAAUAUAAGUGAAUUUUACAAUAAACAUAUAGAAAAUAAUAAGUAUUAUAUUAAUUGUGAUAAUGAUGGUAAAGAUUGUAGUGAUUCAUUAAAAAAAAUAACGGGAUGUGCAAAUUAUAUGGAAAUCAUAAAUAAGAAAAAGGAUUUGUUGAAUAUUAGUAUUGAAAAUAUGUCUAAAUUUUAUGAUGCAUUUAAAUUAUUAUGUAGCAUGUAUACUGAAUUUAAUGCAAACACGCCAGAUUGCACGAAAUAUUUAGAAAAAGCUAAUCAAUUUGUUGAAAAAUAUGCAAAUCUUAAUGAAAAUUCUAAUAAUACUGAUGGCAGUUCAUAUAGGCAAGUAUUGUGUACUUUAUCAAAUGAUUAUGAUAAUUUUAAAAAGAAAUGUAAUGGUGCUAAUUGUAUGGAUAUUCCAUCGCUUCCACCGAUAAAAACAAUAAAACCUCAUGUAAAAAGUUCUGAAGGUAAUUAUGAACAAAAUUCUGACGUUAAAUCAAGUUCGCCAAUAUUAAACAAAUUAAUUCCAGUUUUAUCAAUAUUAGUUGCAAUACCAAUUUUUUGGGGAAUUUCUUAUAAGUAUUCGUUAUUUGGAUUUCGGAAACGAUCUCAAAAACAACAAUUAAGAAAAAAGCUAAAAAAAUAA